CUUUCUUCUAGAGAGAUGUAGAGUCUAGUAGAUAAGACUCUCUCUCUCUCUCUCUCUCUCUCUCUCUCUGCAUUAGCAAUCGUCAAUGUUGUCUUUGGGUGUUUCGCUGAGUCCAACUUUAACAGAGCGGAGGCUCAUGUCUUCGAUGUGUUCUGUCUCCACGAUGGUUGCUUUGGUUUCUUUACCAGUGUCAAAAAGGAAGCCCCGAAGUUUAGGACUCAACGCUUCAGCGUCACCAAGUACUGAACCAACAACGCCAUAUAUCGAUGUUGACGUCGUGUCUACUUCCAAAAAGGUGCUUGUUCCGAUUGGAUACGGUACGGAGGAGAUCGAAGCUGUUGUGUUAGUUGAUGUUCUACGGCGAGCUGGUGCAGAGGUCACUCUUGCUUCCGUGGAGCAGAAGCUAGAGGUUGAAGGGUCUUCAGGGACCAAGUUGCUUGCUGAUGUCUUAAUCUCAAAAUGUGCCGAACAAGUUUUUGAUCUUGUUGCUUUGCCUGGAGGUAUGCCUGGUGCUGUUAGGUUAAGAGACUGUGUGACUCUGGAGAAGAUCAUGAAGAGACAAGCUGAAGAUAAGAGGUUGUACGGUGCUAUAUCCAUGGCUCCUGCUGUUACUCUUCUUCCAUGGGGACUUUUGACUAGAAAGAAGACAACAGGACAUCCUGCUUUUUUCGGGAAGCUGCCUACGUUUUGGGCUGUGAAGACAAACAUUCAGAUCUCAGGGGAGCUUACAACUAGCCGUGGACCAGGCACUUCUUUUCAGUUUGCUCUUUCCUUGGCUAACCAGCUCUUUGGAGAAACCACAGCCAAAACCGUUGAAGAGGUUCUGCUUCUGCGUGAUGGUUACCAGAAUCCUAAGACGGAAGAGUUUAAUAGCGUUGACUGGUCUCUAAACCGCACACCUCGUGUAAGGCAGCAUGUUCUUAUGCCGGUAGCUAAUGGUUCUGAAGAGGUUGAAGUGGUCACAAUUGCAGAUGUUCUUAGAAGAGCCAAAGUAGAUGUCACAGUCGCAUCAGUAGAAAGAUCUUUGCGGAUUACAGCAUCUCAAGGAACCAAAAUUGUCACCGACAAAUUGAUCGGUGAAGCUGCUGAAUCAUCAUAUGAUCUAAUCCUUCUUCCGGGAGGCCAUGCUGGCUCAGAACGUCUACAGAAGUCUAAACAUCUCAAGAAGCUACUCAAAGAACAACAAGAAGCUGGGAGAAUAUAUGGAGCUGCUAACUCUUCAUCAACUGUCCUGCAUAAACACGGUUUACUCAGGGAGAAGAGAACAGUUGUGUACAUUUCAGAGACAGACGGGCGUGCAAAUGACCGAAUGAUCCAAGGGGCAGAAGUUGUUAUAGAUGGAAACGUAAUUACAAGUUUGGGGCUCGCAACUGUUACUAAUUUUUCUCUAGCUAUUGUUAGUAAGCUGUUUGGACAUGGUAGAGCAAGAAGUGUUUCAGAAGGGCUUGUGCAUGAGUAUCGAGGGAAUUUGAAGGCAUCUUGAUCAAGAUACACAGUUAGAGGAUGAGUCCACUGCUGAUCUUAUACUGAAGUCUUUUGUUCAGCAUUUUGGUAGCAACCCAUCUCUAUCCAGGGAUUUUUCAUGAGACAACCCUAGGAAAUUUUGCCAGUUAAGUUAGUUUUGUAUAAGAUUUUGUAUUCCCAGUUGGAGACUACAGCAUAUGGUUCAUUCUAAACUUGAUGUUUCCAUUUGUAUACUC